UUUAUGAGAUUAGUAUUAUUUACAAAAGAUGUACUUUAGAUUAUAUUAAAGAAAUAAAGUUUCGGAUUUCUUUAAUCAACAAAUCAUAAUGAAUAGAAUAUUUAGACAUGGUGCAAUCAGAAAACCUUAAAUGUGAAAAUGGAAGACAUUAAUAUCUGUGUAGCAUACAUAAGAAAUGUUAAAAUUAUAAUAUUGUUCAAUCAUUUUACAUAACGGGAAAAAUUUUAAAUUUGCGAAUAAUGAAGAUGUGUCUCUUAAUGAAAAGAAGAAAUAUUUUAUAAAUUGUAAGAUUCUAAAAUGCAUUUUUGAAAAUAUACAAUGACAAGAGAUCUGUGUCAUUUCUUAAGAAGUUUCAUAAAUAGAAAAAUUAAAAUUAGAAUAUAUAUGAACGCGUGUUUUUAUAAUAUAAAUAUUCAUUAUUUUAAAUCAAGUACUUAUACCUUUUCACAAGCCAAGGUCAUUUUCAUGUAUGUUUACCCCAUUACAAAGAUAAUAACCGAUUUCUCGUAGCUCGUAGCACACGUACUUUUUAAAUUUCGUUUUAUAAACAUUGUUUAAACCAGAUUAAUAAUCAUGGAUGAGAAUGUGAGAAUCAUAAAUGAAUAUUAUACUAAUCUAGAAUAUAAUAUAAAUGAUAAGAAGGAAGCGUUAAAGAUAAUAUCUGAUUUAUAUUUGGAAUUAAACAUUGAAGAUGCCAAUAAUUUUGCAAUUAGAUUCAGCGAAACAGCAAUAUUAAUACAAGAUAAUUUUCUUCUUUUUGCAUCCGUUUGUGAACAUAUAGAUGUAGUUAACAGUAUUCUUGAUUAUUUAAAAUAUUUUAGUGUGCAAUUUAUGCAUGAUACGAACAGUGAAUUUAAGAAUAAAUUUUUUUUAAUCGCAUCGUUGAUGACUACAAUUUUUAAUAUAAGUUUAGAAUCAGAAAUACAACUAUUUUUGGAAAAUGCUAUCAUUAAAGAUUCGAAGGUACAAUAUGAUGAAAUAUACAGACGUGCUAAAUAUUUAUUUUCAAAGCAAAAGAUUGAUGUGAUACUUCUUGAAGAAUCAGAUUUGUAUGCAUUUUAUAGCUAUUUGAAAAUUAAAAACGUUAUAUCUAGUUUAAAUAAAAUUUGGGUCCAUGUAUCAAUAAAAAAGGCUUUUAAAUGGCAUAUAAAGAAAUAUUUUGGACACUUAAGUGUUCCCACUUAUAUAUUUCAAUCAAAGCAAGAAUUAUUUUCAGUAGAAUUAUUUUAUAUGGAAUUUAGAAUAUUUUCCAUAUGGUCAGAAGAUAUUAUAAGUGCAAGAAAUUUAGCCAUGUCCUUGAAGGGACAGGUUGUAUUUAUAAAUACACAUAUGAAUUUUUGUGCUAGUAUCUUACUACCUUACACAAAAAACCUUGGCCCUAACUUUUACUUUCAAGAUAAAUCUAAUUAUGAAUGCUUAAUAAAUUUAGAAACAGAUUAUAAUCUGUUUUUUAACAAAUAUCAUUUGUUUUAUAAUGGCAUGUGGCAAAAACCUAUAACAAAUACAUAUUGGAAAUACAAUGAUAUUUUAUUGGCAAAUGCAACAUGUGAAGAUGUUAUAAGAUGUAUGGAGUCAGCUGCACAAGGAUUUAAAAUUUGGAGUGCUAAGUCCAUUAAUUCUAGAAUGCAUGUAUUAUCGCAGCUUGCAUUAAUAUUAGAAUACAAAAAUGAAUCUUUAUUAGCGAAUAUAAUAUCAAAAUGGUUAAAAUUGCCAUAUUUCUAUUUUAAUCAAUUGACUCGUCAUGACAUUGAAUUUAAACAACAAUUUGAAAUAACAGAAGUUCGUAUACCAAGAGGUGUUAUUCUUCUUGAAGAGAAAGACAAAAUUACUAUGUUUCGUGAAUUAACACAAAGUUUAAUUACUGGCAAUUCUAUUAUUGUGAUAUGUAAUCCAGAUGUGUGUACUCUACCAUCUUAUUGUGACAUGUUUUCAACAGCUAUUAUACCACCAGGUGUUAUAAAUUUCUUGUCAAGUAAAUGUAUGAAGCAUAUUGAAUAUGAUAAACUUACAGCAUUAAAUCCAAAAGAAAUAUAUACAUAUCUUACUAUGAACAAAUAUAUUAUAGUUUGCGUUAAAUAAUUUUAACAUAGCAUGUACUUUAAUGUUAUUCAGUUAUUAGAGAUUGAGUUAAGAUUGAAUUAAGAUUUAAUAUCAUUUUAUAGUACACAAAUUAUAAAUAUACAUAUGUGUUCACGCAUUAUUUAUAAAAAUAUUACAUCAUAAAUAUUUAUUUUUAGAAUGAUUCUCAUUACAGUUAUCUAUUAAUUAAUCUUUUGAAAUAAAUUUAUAGUGAAAUAGUAAUUCCCCUGUCUUCCCCUUUCUACAUCAUGAUAUUCUCUAAUUUUAUCACGAAAGAUUGUUCAUUACGAUUGUUAAUUGAAAAUGUGUCAAAAUUAUAAAUGUGUUGUUUAAAUAUUGUGAAGUUUAUGUUUUAAUCUUUUGUUUUACAUGUAUCAUAAUUAUUCAAUAAAAUACUACUUACAAUAACAGUGAGUCACGAAUAAAUAAUAAAAAAGGCUAAACAUAAGAGUAACAAUAAAAUAAAAAUAUUUCUUCUUAGUGUAAUAUUAUAUUUUUAAAAUGUUUUGCAUAAUCACUGGUUUAUAGUGUUUUAUU